AUUAAAAGACUCUAAUUUAUCUAUUGUUACAUUUCCAGUCUAAAAGGUUGAUUUCAUCCAGACAUAAGGUGGGUUAACCACUAUUACCUGUAUUAAAUUUUAAAUGAUUACUAACUAAUUGUACUAAUCCUGUUGGGAUAGCUUUAAUCAAAGAUUUAUAUUCAUUUAAUAAGACUGGAAAGAUAUGUUAAAAUAUUACUAAAAUCAUCAAACAAAGAUAAAAUACAAUUGAACUUAUUAUUAAACCAUCUAGAAAAGAAAAGAGAUUUGCUCUUUAUAGUUAUAGUAAAGUUAUGUACAUAGCACAAUUUCCUUGAAAGAAGGCAAUGUUGAUGAAAGUUAGAUGGGGGAUAGGUAGUUUACUAGGCAGAUAAUUACAUUUCAAUAAGAAAGACAAGACACAAAGUUUGUUAAAAUGCUAUUUGUAAAAAAACAUUGGGACAAAGACAUAUUUUUAGUUAGUUUACUUUAAAUGUAUUUACUGUAUCUGCAAAAUCUAAAAAGUCAAGGCCACCUUGGGAUUAGAAAGUAAAUGUUUUUAUUUUAUUUGUGAGGCCUAUAUCUCCAGAUAAAAUCCAGAAAUAUAUUAUUGAUGACUUUUAUUGCUUUAUCAUGAAUUAAUAAAGAAAAAGUAGGGUAUACAAAACGAGAAAGUCCUUACACCUUAGGAUCUCUACCGUAUAAUGAAAGGUUUCUUAUAGCACAAAAAUGACAAAUCUGUCAUCAUGUCUUUAUAUUCAUACAUCAAGGCAGAUCAUUUUCACUGUUAUUCAGACUGUGACUUUCUGUAUGAGACUGACAUCUAGUGGACUUGUUUAUUAUAUGCCUGACACACCUGUUUGCACACGUGUUAUAAACACAACCAGGAAGUUCAUGAGUUCAGGGAAACUGAAACUGUUGGGCUGUUCUGUGUGUCGUCUUUCUUUCUGUGAGUACAUACAGUAAAAUGGCAGAAGCCAGUAUUUCAGUGGUUCAGGAUCAGUUCAUCUGUUCAAUCUGUCUGGAUCUACUGAAGGAUCCAGUGACCAUUCCCUGUGGACACAGUUACUGUAUGAGCUGUAUUACAGACUGCUGGGAUCAAGAUGAUCAGAAGAGAGACUACAGCUGCCCUCAGUGCAGACAGACCUUCACUACAAGACCUGUUUUAGGUAAAAACACCAUGCUGGCUGAAGUUGUGGAGAAACUGAAGAAGACAAAAUUACAAGCUGCUCGUCCUGAUCACUGUUAUGCUGAAGCUGGAGAUGUGAAGUGUGACGUCUGUACUGAGAGAAAACACAAAGCUGUCAAGUCCUGUCUGGUGUGUCUGAACUCUUACUGUCAAAAUCAUCUUGAACAACAUGAGAAAUUCUUCAAAGGGAAAAGACACAACCUGAUAGACGCCACUGGACGACUUCAGCAGAUGAUCUGCCCUCAACAUGAGAAACUUUUAGAGAUUUACUGUAAAACUGAUCAGCUCUGUAUAUGUUAUCUGUGUAUGGUGGAUGAACACAAUGAACAUAAGACUGUAUCAGCUGCAGCAGAGAGGACUGAGAAACAGAAAGAACUGAAGGAGACGCAGAGAAAAUACCAGCAGAGAAUCCAGGAGAGCCAGAAGAAGCUUCAGGAGCUGAGAGAUGCUGUGGAGACUCAUAAGCGCUCUGCACAGACAGCAGUGGACGACACUGAGAGGAUCUUUACUCAACUGAUCCAAACCAUUGAGAGAAGACAAUCUGAGGUGAUACAGCUGAUCAGAGAUCAGGAAAAGACUGCAGUGAGUAAAGCUGAAGGACUCUUGAAGCGACUGGAGCAGGAGAUUGAUGAUCUGAGGAGGAGAGACGCUGAGCUGGAGCAACUUUCACACACAGAUGAUCACAUCCAUUUCCUCCAGAGUUUUCAGUCUCUCUCUGUUCCUCCUGGAUCUUCAGACUCACUCAGCAUCACUGUCAGCUCUCUCAUCUCUUUUGAUGAUGUAGGAAAAUCUGUGUCUCAUCUGAGAGAGAAACUGGAGGAUUUCUGUAGAGAAGAGAUAGAGAAGAUAUUUGACAAAGUUAUUCCUGAUCCUGAGACCAGGGAGCAGUUCCUAAAAUAUUAUCAUCACUUCACUGCAGAUCCAAACACAGCACAUAAACCUCUCUGUCUGUCUGAGGGGAACAGAGUGAUUACUAAAACUGACACAGUCCAGCCGUAUCCUCAUCAUCCAGACAGAUUUGAUGGUUGUUUUCAGGUGUUGUGUAGUGAGAGUUUGAGUGGACGCUGUUACUGGGAGGUUGAGUGGAGUGAUGAUGUGUUUAUAUCAGUGUCAUAUAAGAGCAUCAGCAGGAAGGGACGGGGUUAUGAGUGUGUGUUUGGAUAUAAUGAUCAGUCCUGGAGUUUGUGCUGCUGUGGCUCCAGUUGUUCAUUCAGGCACAAUAACAUUGCGACUAAACUCCCUGUAGUGUUCAGAUCUUCUAGAAUAGGAGUUUAUGUGGAUCACAGUUCAGGAUCUCUGUCCUUCUACAGCGUCUCUGACACAAUGACCCUCAUCCACAGAGUCAACACCACAUUCACUAAACCUCUCUAUCCUGGGUUUUAUGUUUAUCGUGGAUCAGUGAAACUGUGUGAUCUAACAAUAAGAUGAUACAGAGAGUAUAAAUAAUUUUCAUAUUUGAAGUCUGCACAUGAUGAAUCAACAACAAAGAAAUAAUAAGUCUUUUAAUUUUCUAAUCAGCAAUUUAGACACACAUUUAAUUUGGACAUUUAGUUUGACAUAAGUUUAAUUUAAAAUAUAUAAUGCAACGGUGAGUUUAUACUAAACAUUUCUAACAAUAUGUUUAAAAACCAUCACUGAGGUGUAUUCAUGUCUGAAUUGCACAUCACUUACAUAAAAUAUCCAAGUACAAUAAAACCUUUAAGACAUUUGCAUUGUUAUUUUCAGGUAUUACUGUAUUACAGUAACGUGAACCACAAUAAUGACAGUACAGUUACUAUUUUAAAGAUGGGUGCAGAAAUCAUAAAAUACCCAAAUCCAUUCUUACCAGUAGCACAUAGAGCACACUGUCAGAUAAAAUGGUCACUAGCUGGGGCACUACACAUAAUUAAGUACACCUUUGUAGGAUUUUGUGUUUAGUUUUUUUUUUAAGUUGACACAACUUGCAUUUUGUUCAUUCAACUAAAAAAGUUUUACUCUCUACUACACAAAGGUUUUCAUUCACUAAAGAAAUGUUUCUUUUUCAUCUAAAUAAAAAUCUUUAGGGUAAUGGUUCACAUCUAUAUUUUAUACUUGAGCCAAUGAAAAAUAUACAACUUGCCAUAAACAAUAUUUUCUACAUCUAUGAUAACCUGGCAAAAAGUGUGGUUGGGUUGAAGAUGUGAUGAAGUUAAAGAGAUAAUGAAGAGAUCAAUGAAGUGAUGAUUGACCAUUAAUGAUAAACACCUGCUGUAGAUAAACAGAAUCACUAAAGGAAGAUGA